AUGACAUUGAAGGUUGGGAUCAUUGGCGCCGGCAUUGGUGGCCUGAGCGCCGCUAUUGCUCUUCGACGGACAGGAGCCCAAGUUGAGGUCUUCGAGAGGUCCAACUUCAAGGAUGAAAUAGGCGCUGCUAUCACCAUCACACCAAAUGGAAUGCGUGUCCUUCGUCACCUCGGCUUUGAUCCCAAGAUAGCGCGCGGUGUGCAGAAUAAGCAGAUACGUAUGGUAGAUCCCCAUACACUGGAGGACUUGGUAGUCGAAAACUUUGGUCAUGUUGAAGAUGACUAUGGUGCGCCAUUCAUGUUCUUUCAUCGUGUAGAUCUUCAUACUGCGUUGAAAGAAAUGGCUCUGUCGAGCGAUGAGCGAUAUCUGGGCUCGCCGGUGGUAAUUCACAACGGAAACUCUGUUACGAGCCUUGAUUGUGAGAGAGCCACGAUUUUGUUGGACAAUGGGGAGGCUUUUCGGAAAGAUCUUGUAGUUGUUGCUGACGGUGUUCGAGCAAGUCCAACCAAACUCGUCGACGAAAUCACUCGGAAAGCCGCCCCUCUCGAAGAUAUCGGCUCCUCAUUUUACCGCUGCCUAAUCCCAUUAUCGGAAGUCAACAAAGACCCCGACCUCGAAACCAUCUUUAAACACCAAGACCCAGGAUUCUGGGUCCCCUUUGAACUUUCCACCGGGACUUUCCUCGUUACGUAUCCCUGCCGCGAUGGAAAGAUGCUUAACGUUGCAUUUCGUCACAAAACAAAGGCAGAGAAUGAGCACGCCGUCGAUUGGAAUACAGAUACCAACGUUCAAGACAUCACUGCUAUGGUUGGGGGGUUCAAUCCGCUGGUGGCCAAGUUGUUUAGUUUGUCGACGAGUGUUUCUGUCCAUAAGCUGUUCCGCAGGGAGCCACUUGAGACGUAUACCAGGGAGAGAGCUGUUAUAAUUGGCGAUGCUGCACAUCCAAUCCAGCCGACGCAUGCACAAGGCGCAGUCCUCGCGAUCGAGGAAGCAGCAGUACUGGAAGCUCUCUUCAAGGACGUGCAGAACCCAAAAAAGAUCGCAGAGCGUCUAGACUUGUACAAUAACAUUUUGAAGCGCCGCAUUCAUGUUACUCAACUGCUUUCUGAUGCACAACCUGGAAUUUCGAGUAUUCUGCGGAAGCGAGCUGAAGAUAUCUGGGGAGAGGAUAUCUUUCCUCCUGAAGCGAUGAACUUUACAAAGCCGAUCAGGGACUUCUUUUAUGCGUGGGAUGUCAUGGAAGAAGCGGAGAGGGUGUUGGCCCAUACAACGUCAUAG